AGCAACUGUCAAAACCAUAUGCAAAUUCUUGUCACUUGCUGCUCCAGAUUCAACACCGCGAUUUUUCACUAUCCGAUUACACACAAUGCUCAUUGUUUUGGUUACCGUAAACUCCAAUUAACAAUGAAUGUAUAGUUUACAGUUACUUUCAGUGAAUGUGAUUUUUGCGAACUAUUGACUGAUUCUAUUGUCAUAAUGUCAACCCCACCGCCUCAGCAGCCACGGCGUACUUCAGGAGACAGUAAAAAGGCACCGCCUGCGUCUAGCGUUGUGACCAGAAAUGGUGCUCGCAAGGCCAAGAUACAAACCCGCGCAAUGUCCGCAGGGGCUAAGCCAUCAGCAUCAGUAAUCGCAGCAAAACGGAAAGCCCAACAAAAGAAAAAACAUAAUUUUGUGAUUGAACUGCGGGAUCACUAUCAAAUUGCCAUGGAUUCUAAGACUAAAGUGAAGGGAGCGACGGGGCUUGUAACGGAGCCGCGUAUGGCUGAGCACCGGUGUCUGUGGGACGACCAGUAUCCGGAGUGCCCUGAGAGACUUACUAGCGUUAUAGAAAGGUGCCAUGAACUUAACCUUAUAGAGCAAUGCAAGCAAUAUCCACCUAGAGCAGCGACCAAGGAGGAACUAUGUGUACUCCACGCGCCCUCUAUCUACGACAUGAUGGAAACUACGCAUAAGAACAAUAACCUCGACUACUUGGAGGAGAUCUCCGCGAAGUAUGACGCGAUCUACAUACACCCAUCGACUCACGAGCUAGCCCUCCUAUCAGCAGGAUCUACCAUCGACCUAGUGGACCGGAUCGUUUCCGGUGAAGUGCAAAACGGUAUGGCGUUAAUCCGGCCGCCCGGCCACCACGCCAUGAGGGACGAGCCUUGUGGAUACUGUUUCUAUAACAACGUCGCUUUGGCCGCAAAACAUGCCAUCGAUAAACGGGGACUGAAAAGGAUAUUGAUAGUGGACUGGGAUGUGCAUCACGGACAGGCAACUCAGCAGAUGUUCUAUAACGACCCUAGGGUGGUAUACUUCUCAAUCCACCGCUACGAGCACGGUGCAUUUUGGCCCAACCUCCGUCAGUCCAAUUUUCAUUACGUGGGCUCCGGACUGGGCAAAGGCCACAACUUCAACGUACCACUAAACAAAACUGGAAUGAAGGAUGCUGACUACCUCGCCAUCUGGCAUCAGUUGCUACUACCCAUGGCCUUGGAAUAUCACCCGGAGCUCAUCAUAAUAUCAGCUGGCUACGACGCGGCGUACGGCUGUCCUGAGGGCGAGAUGGAGCUGACCCCUGCCGUGUACGGCCACCUGACGCAGAGCCUGUGUAGCGUGUGUCCCCGCGUGUGCGCCGUGCUGGAGGGCGGGUACUGCCUGCGCUCGCUGGCCGACGCCGCCGCACUCACGCUGCGGACCCUCCUCGGACACUCACCGCCUGUACUAGAGACGCUCACUGAACCUUCCGAUGAAAUAAAAGAAACAAUACUAAACUGCAUAUACGCCCAGAAGCCAUAUUGGAACUGCUACAACUUUCAACAGACGUACUCGACGAGCGGCCCGCCCAAUGUUUGCGAUGAAGCGAAAGAGAAACAUACGGUUAUUGUAAGGUGGGAGGGAGACGAAACUAGACCUGAUACCUUCGCUACAAGAAACUGUUAUCCCGUACAAGAUGAUGGCACUAAAAUGAGGAUCGCUGAACGAUUGAACCAUCUUAGAUUGGUUACUGACUUAUCAAUACCCCAACACGCAGUCGGCUAUAUUUACGACCAAGCUAUGCUAAAACACAAAAAUAUAUGCGAACCUGGCCACGUAGAAUGUCCAGAACGAAUAAUGCGUAUACAUGAACGUCACAGAGACUUCGGUCUAUUAGACCGAGUCCAUCAACUAACUGCGAGAAAAGCAACGGAUCAAGAAAUAUUGGCUGUUCAUACUGAGACACAUUUAAAUAGACUUAAAGAGCUGGCUUCGACGAGUCUAAGAAACCUACACGUACAGAAGAACGCGUACGACUCCGUGUACUUCCACCCCGACUCGCUAGAGAGCGCUGCCGUCGCCGCCGGAUGCGUCCUACAGAUGGUGGACUCAGUAUUGACAAACGAGUGUGGCAGCGGUGUUUGCGUGAUCCGUCCACCUGGUCACCACGCUGACGAGGAGAUCCCAAGUGGUUUCUGUCUUCUCAACAAUGCUGCAGCCGCUGCGAAGUACGCUAUAGACAACCAUGGACUGAACAGGGUCCUUAUACUGGAUUGGGAUGUCCAUCAUGGAAAUGGCACCCAAAGGAUCACGUAUCAUGAUAAUAGGAUCCUGUACAUGUCAAUCCACCGAUACGACAACGGUUUGUUCUUCCCUCACUCGAAGGACGCCAACCACACCGCCGUGGGCACGGGGAAGGGGGAGGGAUACAAUGUCAACGUGCCAUGGAACUCGCGUGGAAUGGGUGACGUGGAGUACAUGACGGCAUUCACACAAGUCAUACUGCCGAUAGCGUAUUCCUACAACCCUCAGCUUGUUAUUGUAUCCGCUGGAUUCGAUGCCUGCGUCGGGGACCCGCUUGGAGGUUGCAAAGUGACCCCUGAGUGCUACGGUCGUAUGACGCAGUUACUGAGGGGACUAGCGGGGGGACGCGUCGUUCUAUGUCUCGAAGGGGGGUACAACAUCACCAGCAUCUCCUACUGCAUGACCAUGUGCACCAAGGCUCUGCUUGGGGACCCCAUCUUCUACCACUACGACCCCAAGACCCCAUGCUCUUGGUCCGCCAUCGAUUCCAUCCGUGACGUCAUCAACACGCACAAGAAGUACUGGAAAUGUCUCAAGUUUCAAGUUGCAUUACCAGCAGAUAAUGUACUAGAACCACCACUGCCAUCCAGAGGCUUGGUGAUAGAUCAAGAUCUUGAAAUAUCAACGUGCAACGAGGAGAUACAUAAUGUGUCAGCCAAAUCAAGCGCUAGCAACUUAGAAACGUCACUUGAAGCGAGCAUGGGAAACUUAAAUAUAGAAAAGAAGUGUUCCGACGGUAUACACUGCGGUACAGAUGACGAGGAUGACCAACCGAAGCCGUCAAGCAGUACUGAGAACCCUGAAGCUGGUACCAGCAGUGGCAAAAAACUCACCAAAGACAUCCCAUCUAGUCCUGGGAAAAGGCCUUUAGAGAACACUGCAAAACCAGAGAAGAAACCAACUUUAGUCGAUUAUUUAGCAGAAAAUAUGCAAUCGAUACUCGACGGUGAGAUGUUUGCGGUGGUCCCCCUACAGUGGUGUCCUCACCUAGACUCUCUGUACACUUUACCUACCGAUGUGAAGUUUGAACAAGGUGUCAAGUGCGUAGACUGUGAUUCUACGGAAGAGAAUUGGGUGUGCCUACAUUGUUACAUUACGGCCUGCGCCCGCAGUAUUAAUGGACACAUGCAAGCUCACUUCGCAGCCACCGGCCACGCGCUAGUGUUGUCCUUAGUCGAUUUGUCAGUGUGGUGCAAUGUAUGCGACGCUUAUGUCGAUAACUCACUGCUGUACGACGCUAAAAACAACGCGCAUCAGUGCAAAUUCGGAGAGGACAUGCCUUGGUGUUAUAAGACUGAUAUACAUAUGGAAUAGGAAUAUUUACACAAGUAGGUGAAAAUCAUAUAUUCGGCUGAAGGUAAUAAGCGACCUCAGGCCAAAACCUUUAGGUCGCUUAUUAAUUUUAGCCUGUAAAAGGGUGUUAUCAAAGUACUUAUUGGAAUUGUCACAUGAAAUGCUAUUCUCGCUACAGAUACAUUUGUUUAGACAUACCUAGUAGAAUUUAAACGUAUAUUUUUCAAAAGAAAUAAUUAAUCGUUCACAUUGGAGUUAUUAAUAUUGUAACCAAUAAUUACUUGUAGCAUUAACAUUCCAUUGUAAUUAUUGAUAUUUAGAAUAAUUCUUGUAAUUUAGGUCUGAAUUUAAAAAUCUUCAAUACAAAGGCCUAGUAAAGUACCCAUGCAUAUCUUUUAACAAUUAUAACCGCAAAAUAAACCUUACUGCUUACAGUAUACAGAUGUUUAAGCUUAGUACAAUAUUUGUACAACUACAAAAAAAUUGUAGCACCCUUGUAUAUUUAUGUAAAUAGCUACUAUUUAUACUUUUAUAUAUACAUUAUUAAUAAUUUUAUAUAACUAUUUUAUGUACCUUAGAAUAAUAUUGGCCAGUGUUAUGUAAUGUUAUACUUUAAUAUUCUAGUGG